AGUAGCUACCUUAGAAGGUGGUCUUAGUUUGUUUGAGUGGAGCUUCUUUGUUUUGAGCGGAGAGUUUAGGCUAUGGAGAAUGGCAGCCUUCUCUCCAAGAUGGAGGCUACCAAGGAUGUGAUCCGCGACAAGGAGACGGAGAUGGAAGCGGCGCUCUACGGCAACUGCUUGCUCCUGGGCCUGGAUGCUAGCAUUCUAGGGCAAGGCGCUGGAUCGCGAGCUGGCCUCUUCCGGCACUCCAAUCCGCGGGUCGGCGAGGCGCUGCUACAUUUUCUCCUCUCGGCGCUUCGGGGGCCGUCGCUGGCCGCCAAGGAUUUCGCCGGUGUCUGGCCGAUUUUCGACGCGGCACAGUCUCGCGACUUCCGGAAAAUUGUCCAGGGUCUUAUCAACGAGCUAGAGGCUCAAGGGGCUUUACCUCGGAGUAGCUCUCGGGUUUCCUCGCUAGCUACAUGCUGUGGUCAGAGAUUUGUGGAGCUAUUAUGGCAGCUCUCGGCCCACGCUCUGCGAGAAGUUCAUCGACGGAACUUCCCAGCGGAUGUUGCCGAGAACCCCUUGCCAGCGUCGCUCACGGAAGUCAUCACGCAAAAUUCACAUGCAUCAGCACUCCUUGCCGUGACAAAGGCACGUAUUGCUCUAGAGCGUAGGCGUUUCCUGCAAGGUGCGUCUGCGGCCGUGCAUAAACAGGCAUUGUGGUCCAGUCUUGCUCAUGACAUGACGGCUGAAUACCGGGCUUUGUGUGCUGAAGAGGCUUAUUUACAUCAAGAGCUGGAGAAAAUGCAGGAGCUACAAAGUUCUAGAGCAUUUGCAAAUCAGAAAGUAACGUCAGCGUCUCGGGCUACAACGCUUUGGGAGUCUCUUCUAAAACAUACCGAGAGGCACGACAAACUAGCAAGCGGCCCUAUAGAAGACUUGAUUGCUCAUCGUGACCACAGGUAUCGUAUAGAUGGAUCGGCUUUGCGUGUGGCCAUCGACAGAGGGAUGAAUGUCAUACCAAGUUCAUUGAACUCCAAUGACGAUGGCUGCAAUCAGCAACUAGAAAAGCAGGAAACUUCAGCUCAUGGCGACGAAGCCAGAACAGACAGGGCAGUUAAAGGGUCGAGCCCGCUUGAUGUUGCUGAAGUUAUUAGACGGUGGACCCAUGCUUUGCAACGCAUACACAAACAAGCUCAAAAGCUGUCACGACAAAAUCAAGGCACUGGUCCUAAUCUUAUAAAUGCGGUGGAUGCUUGUGAGGGACACACACAAGCAUUACGGGCAACGUUAGCGGAGCAAAAACAACACCUCUCAAAUAUGCAGGUGCUCAUUUCGCAGCUAAAGGAAGCCAUUCCAGGAAUGGAAGUAAACAUUAACAAACUCCGUCAACAUGUCAAUCACCCUGCGGUUUCUUCUGCCUCUCAAGCUGUUUUCGCUGGGUAUAGCGUGUAUUCUGACUCUGCACUUUCCUCUCAAGACGUGACUUCGGACUGUGUUGCUGAUGAUAGAGGCACUCCUGGACCCCUAGAACUGGCACCUCCAAGCCCGACACUAAAGCUUCCUCAGCUGCCAACACUGUCUUCGCCGUUCUCUCUUUUGCACAAAGGUGGUGACGACGAUGAUUUGGACCUCCGCUCGUCUUCACUGGCUUUCUCUGGCCACAAGGACUACGAAGAUGAUUUCAAAGAAUUGCGGCAAGCAGUUCACGAUGCCGCACUCUCAAAGCCUGUUGAGGCCGCGACUGAGAACACCAGCACCAGUAACACGACCUCAGAGCACUAUUUCACGCCUUUGACUGUACAAAAGGAAAGCGUCAAUCGGGCUCAGGCAACACGGUCCUCUCCACCACUGUUUCUUGAGCUAUCGGGUUUCCAGGACCAGGACGACGACUUGCUAGCUCCACUGUCGGACAUGGACUCAGCACUCAUCUGAAAUGGAAAUCCGUCGGCGACAGAUUGGUCACAAUAGCAACUCGACUUGAACCUCGUUCCAACAUUUGUUGGAACUGUUGAGGUAAAAAAUCUGUUUGGUAUCGUUUUCUAACCGAGCAAUGGUGAUGAAUCUGCAAUGAGAUUAAAGAA